CUUUCAACUUCUCUCUCCUCUCUCCCCCUCCCGCCCUCGGCCAUGAUCUGAUGAGUUUGAUGAGUUACUUAAGCCGCACAAACAUUGAUUCAACUCUAUUAGUCAGUCCAAUCCCUUCUUGCUAGGGUGUCACCACUAUGGCGUCACGCCCGAUCGUACUGAGGUUCGAAAGCCGCAACGGCCAGUUCCGGUUGACGGUCAACCCGCAAGAACUGUUCCCGUCUCUACAGCCACAGAUCCUAGAACGCCUCCCUCCGAACGUCGAUCCCUCAUCUAUCACUCUCUCCAACCGGCCCAUCGGCACCGGUGGUGAAGAAAGACUUCUUAACAGCUUAGAUGGCGUGGGAUUGGACAAAGUUGGAUUGAAGCACGGCGAUAAGCUCUUCAUCGGGUAUCAAGAAAACCAAGGACAACAGAAUGGCACAGCCAACGGCCACAUAACCCACAGCGCGGGUGAAGCUUCGCGACGUCUAAAUGGAGCUCCCGUGCCCCAAAGCGAAACGGUAACCUUCCGCCCUCCGCAGCCGAGCUCGCCUACCGCCACCAUCAAGAACCCUUGGGACGUGGUGCAACAAUCGCCGCUAGAUGAUAUGCUGGACAAGAAGGAUGGGAAGAUCAAGCGAGGCCUGGAUACGAAGUUCUGCCGACACGGCCCCAAGGGAAUGUGCGACUACUGCAUGCCGCUCGAGCCCUACGACCCCAAGUAUUUGGCGGAGAAGAAGAUCAAACACCUCUCGUUCCAUUCGUACCUGCGGAAAAUCAACGCCUCGACCAACAAAGCCGAACUCAACAGCUCGUUCAUGCCCCCGCUUAGUGAGCCGUAUUAUCGGGUACGGCGAGACUGUCCCUCUGGACACCCGCAGUGGCCGGAGGGCAUUUGCACCAAGUGCCAGCCGAGUGCGAUCAGUCUGCAGCCGCAAGAGUUCCGGAUGGUGGACCACGUGGAGUUCUCCUCGCCGGAUCUCAUUAACUCGCUGCUCGACUUUUGGCGGAAGUCGGGCGCUCAGAGGUUAGGGUUUCUCUACGGUACCUAUGAGGAGUAUAAGGAGGUUCCGCUGGGUGUGAAAGCCGUGGUCCAGGCCAUCUAUGAGCCACCGCAAGUGGAUGAGGUGGAUGGAGUUACGCUCCAUGAAUGGCCCAACGAAAAGGAGGUGGACGAGGUUGCACAUCUAUGUGGUUUGGAGAGGAUUGGCGUGAUCUUUACGGACCUACUGGACGCAGGUCGUGGAGACGGUUCGGUGAUCUGCAAACGACACAUCGACUCCUACUAUUUGUCCUCCUUGGAGAUUGCUUUUGCGGCGCGGUUGCAAGCGCAACACCCGAAGGCCACGAAAUGGAGCCGAACAGGCCGCUUCGGCUCGAAUUUUGUCACCUGUGUGCUGAGUGGUGACGAGGAGGGCGCCAUUGCAAUCAGUGCUUACCAGGCAUCAGUAGCGGCCGUCGAGAUGGUCCGCGCGGACAUUGUUGAACCAUCGGCAGAACCCUCUGUCAUGCUGGUGCAAUCCGAGGACGACGACACCGAGAACAAGUCGCGGUAUAUCCCCGAGGUCUUCUAUCGCAAGAUCAACGAGUACGGCAUCAGCGCUCAGCAAAACGCGAAACCCAGCUUCCCCGUCGAGUACCUCCUGGUCACCUUGACACACGGUUUCCCAACGGACGCCUCCCCCCUAUUCACCGACAGCAGCUUCCCCAUCGAGAACCGCGAAGUCAUCGGCGAGAGCCAGGAGCUCAUCCACGUAGCGAAGAAGCUAGUAACCCACGGCGACCCGGACAAAGCAAUCCGAGCCGUCUCGGACUUCCACAUGCUGUGCUUCCUGCACUCCCUGUCGACAUUCAACAAGGACGAAGAAGCCCUACUAUGCCGCGUCGCGACGCAACGUGCCCCCGCAGAUGGCCUGCAGCUGAUCAACACCUCUGGAUGGGCUACCCUGGUGACCAUUCUUCAGGAAAGUGGUGAGCGCCCCCCUAAGCGCCCCUGGCUGCCCACACCCGAGCCUUACCCGCCACGUUCAGUGCCCUACAACCCCGGAAAACGUUCCCUCCCCUCAUCUACCUCUUCCUCCUCUCAUCUCAGGCCCGAGUCUCCCAAAUCUGAAAGUGAACGUCUUGCUAAGAGGUUUAAGGGAGCUAGUCUAGAAUGAAAUUCUUUUGUUGACUAGUCCGAUGACCGAAUCCCAACCUAUCCCAAAUCUCCUUCCGUCUAUCUCUAUAUCUUACCUCUUUCUGCCUGUCCAUUACUAUGUCACUCUGUGUCUCGGGCUCCAUCUCAACCUCAACCUCAACCGCAACGUCUCAGUCAGCACCAUUCUAUAUCGAUCAUCUCCUACUUCCAAUACAUAUACAAUCGUUUGUCCGUGCCGCACAUGCGUGUACCUAAAGCGGAGGACGAGCCGGAGAAAAGGGCAUGGGAAUUAACAAGGGAAGGAAGGAAUGGAAAUUGGGGAAAGGGGGAAGCAGGGGAAAUCGGGAAUAUAUUUACAAAGUAUAGCAUGGUGCAUCCAAGCCACUUGAAUAUGAACUAUACUCCCACUUAUCAUUACGUGGGAUACUUACA